AUGGAUUUAUUUCGCUUAAAAGGUUGUCCAAGAAAUUGGCUACAUCAAAACGGCUUCUGCUAUUUGAACACCAAAUAUUCCAUGCCUUAUGACAAAGGACAAAAUUUUUGUGAAUAUUUCCUGGACAGUUCAUUGGUUGACGUGUCGGACGAAAGAGAAAAUAAGCUCAUUAGUAAUCUUACGUCAUCGAAAGCCUGGCUAAGAUUUAGACGAUGUCAUAACAAGAGGUUCUUUUGGACAGAUUCGCAGCCUGCAAAUUUUACAGCCUGGGAGAGUGGUCAGCCUGAUAACAAGGGUACAGAUGAACAAUGUGUAUUUAUGUCAAGAAAUGGAAAUUGGUCGGACGGAAUUUGCUUGGAAAGGAAAGCGUUUGUGUGCCAGAAAUGUAAGUUUGCCAUUUAGGUACACCUGAACGCUACACCUUCAGAUAAAGUCGCCCGUGUUUGGCUGAAGCCAAAUCUAACGCCCCAGACACGCGUGUUUUUUUUUUCUCGCGAGACAGAGCAUGCCCCGUUUUACUGAAAGAGUAUAUGCAUGAUGCUAAACUUCCAAAGAUGGCAAGAUUUACAUAAUUAUAUCACAUAAGAAAAUUUCCUUUUUGAAAAGAAUGUGGUGGCACAGUGGCUAAUUUUAUAUUUGUAAUGUUUUAUUUUAAUACAAAUUGUAGGAAAAUGGCCUCAGCCGAUUUAAAUUAAAAUUUAAAUUAUUUGCAGGAAAUUAGCCAAUCAAAAUUGAGAAAAUAAUCAUGCGAAUGAUAACUCUAGGAACUUGCAGUUGCCCGUCUAUUUUUUAGCGAAAACAGUUAUUUGUACAGAUUGUUGGACAGAGCUUUAAAUAUUGGAGCGGUGUUUUGUAUCGGGGUAUACAACUUAGCCUUUGGCAUAUGAUGAUAACAUUGACUUCGGUUUGAAACAUUCUGGAUAUCCUGCUAGACCUCAUCCGAUCAUUUGUUAAAUAUAUUAUGAUCAUUUCUAAUUCCAUAAUUUGUGGCCUAUGACAGGCUGCAGUGGUUCUUAUCUGCUUCCCUAAGUAUGUAGUGUGUUGUUGAGAGUACUACACGAAUAAUAGCUAAUUAAACGGCGCCUCGAAAUUUGAUAAAAUGCAGGGGCUUUUUUAUUUAUAUACAAGCAAAACGUUGGUAACAACAAGAAUUUAGAAGGGAGGUUGUAUAUUCUGGGAACUGAACCUUAGUUUGUGAAUCUUUGUCAUGUUUGAAUGGUUCAAUGUCUUUUUAAAAAUGUAAAAUAUUGCGUAGUAAAACUUUUCCAGUGGAUUAGCAUACCCGAGACCCUAUAGAUUUGAGUUGUUGGAAGCCAGUCUAAACAAGUAAUUAAUUAGUGCCCGAUUUGUGGUGAUUACAUUAACAUACCAUGUAAGUUCUUAACUGAAGAUUCCGUCAACCAACAGUAUAAUGUUAGUAACAGUGUAUAUCCAAAAAUCUGUUUUAGAAAACGUUCGAAAUUCAGUCAUUGGGGUGGAAAAAUGCAUGCAAAACAUUUCUGGGGGAGAAUGCUCCCAAACCCCUACUAUUACUUACGACACCAUACCAAACGUUUUGUCACCAACAACCAUCUUUUAUCUCUCCAUACUUAGUAUAGUACGGUCCCUUUCUUUCCCCACUGACUGAUUAUAAAAAAGGCCCUUGUAAAAUUGUGUUGAGUACCAAAAAACAGAUUAUGUUUUUGCAUUUGAAAUAGCAUUCAAUAUCACGCAUAUAAACAUACGCUUGCGAAUACCUGCUCUUAGAACAUCCAUUUUAAAGAGGAGUUGAGACCCAUCUUCUGUUUCAUCCUGAAGUCGUUUUUGUAUUUUGGGUGCUUAACUACUGUUCAGGCUGAAUUUUAAUCAUUAUUAUGCUAGAUAUGGGCUCGCACUGGUGUCCAGGAUCUCGGGGAAAAGGUUCUAAAAGUGCCUGGAUGAUAGUGUGAUCAACUGCCCGAGAUUUUAGCAGCUCUUAUUUUUGGGAUGUUUUGUAAAAAAUAAAUGUAUAUUUUAACUUAAAGUUUGGUUGUUUCAUAAAUUAAUUUUCUCCAAUAGUUUGGGCGUAUAGUUGCCUAAAUUUCAGGUCGGUAGUUUUUAACCAACUGAGUGGUUUUUACAUGUACUUCACGUUGUAAAUGUAUAGUGUGAUUAGUAUUUAUAAUAUAGCAUUUGUAAAUUCUGAACGCUGAUUGGCUAAGAGCCGUGUUGAUAUAACUCAAUGUCAACACGGGAAAUUUUCCGCCGCUUGUAAACACGGAAAUGUUUCUUAUCUUUCGGGCUUUUGACAUUGCAAUAUUAUAAAAAAAAAUAUAAAACAUUUUUUCCGUAUUGAUAUAUAGUUAUAUCAACACUCGUGGAAAUUGGGAAAACUCGAAAUUGUGUGAAAACACUCCGCCCUUCGGGCGUCGUGUUUCCACACAAUUUCUCGUUUUCCCAAUUUCCACUCAUGUUGAUAUAACUGUAUAUCAACACGGAAAAUGUUUUAUAUUUGUUAAAUGUAAUAGUAUGGUUUCGAGUGCAGUUUGGGAGAAAAAAAACAUGCCCGAGUGAGUUUUUCAAAGACUAUCAAAAUUGCACGAGUCCAAAGAACGGGUGCAAUUUGAAUUAAGAAAAUUAAGAAAUUUGAAAAAUAAAAAAUUAAGAAAAUUAUAAAAAAUAAGAAAUUUGUACUGCAUUUCUUUUUUUGCACUGUAUUUCAUUUUUGGCAUUGUAAUUUGAAAAAAUUUCAUUGCUCUUAGCCAAUCGGAAUUGAUAAAUUGUUUCAUGUAUAUUAUUAGAUCAUAUAUAAUCUAUUAAUAUGAUCAAUUCCUUUAUGUACUGUUUACAACAUGAGCGGCUGUGUUGUAUCGGAUAUACAAACUCCAGUUGAAGUAAAUCUCUUGUGAACCGUCAUGAUGAGAACAUGAAUUCGUAUUCUUCAACAAUUUAGAUUCAAUGAAUGACAUUUGGUGAGAAAGUUUAUGUAAAUCAGCAUGAUUUUCAAUCAGAUAUACUCAUAUACAAACUCCUUCACCCUCGUGAUUUCUUUCUGUUUUCUUCAUAAAUUAUUAAUAAAUUUCACAAUAAUUUUAGUGAAGGCAGACUGCACUAACGACACAGAUUGCUAUGUGGUUAAGACGUCCAAAGCGAAAUGGCAGGAAGCAAGAUCAAGAUGUCAAGCAGACGGACUCCGUUUGGCAAAAAUCUCUAAUCCUACAGAAAAUAAUGCAGUAAAAACAAUUCUUAAGGCAGUGACUCAAGCGUGGAUUGGGUUAGAACGACAAAAUAAUUUCUGUAUUAAGACUCCUAUAUCGUACCAAAAUUGGGAUUUUCAUGAGCCAAAUGACAAAGGAUUGGUUGAAAAUUGUGUCGCAAUUGGAAGUCAAGGGAAAUGGAGUGAUGAAGAUUGUAAUGCAAGUUUAGCAAUCAUUUGUAAAAGAGGUAUGAUACUGAUGUUAAUGCAUUUGUCUUUAUGUCUGUGCAAGGGCGUUGACGCUAGAACGAUGGAAUGGUAAUAAGGGUCACAUUUUCGUCCGCAUACGCGAAUGCCAUUUUCAUGGACAUUAAUUUAUUCGUAGUGUACAACUCUAAAGUAUUCUCUAACUAAGCAAAGUUACACUUCAUCCAACUUGAACUUAUCUCCCAAUAUGAUCGGAGACAGUGAAGGUACGUGUUGCGUACUUUUAGAACAAUGUGGGAAAAAACAUAAGGCUGACGAACAUGCUCUCUCGUGCGCUAUUUCGUAGACAAUGACCUUUAGCAGCAAGUUUUUGUGUUAGAAGACACUGGUACCCAUGCAAGAUAAAUUUAGAGGGGAAAGGAAAUGAAUUGAUUGACGUUGAUUACCAUGCUGUCUACAUUAACCGCGUAAAAAUGUCACAAUAGUUUGUCAGCAAAAUAAUGUGUUCGCACUGCCUGUUAUCAUCUUGCAACAAGAUUGGUGAGAUCAACAGAGUCAAUACAAAUUCAUAUAUUAACAAGUCUGAUAUCGCCUACGCAAAUUUUUUCCCCGUAGACAGUCGGACUCUUCAUUGAUAGUCGGAUACAUCAUUGACCCGCGCCCUUAAAUAAAACAUUCAGCGGAUACUCUUCCUAUUAGAUGCGCCUCCCAGUGUGUCUUGCACACGCAAUUCGUGAUUUCAAAAUAUUAUAUUGCUUGGUUGAGAUGCCAAAAUCUGAGCAGGAAUGCCUUUCAAACAUCAUGGAUACGAUGUAUUAAUACAUUUAUAUAGGUUAAUAAUAAAUAGAUUGAUAGAUUAAAAUCCCAUGGUGGUAAACAGAGGGUGGUAAAGGAAGCUACGAGGCAUACAAUUGACUUAGCAUUAAUAAAUUAAAUUGUCAUAGUGUUAAAGGUAGCUCUAUAUUUUAUUGAAUGCGCGGAUACAUGGUUACGAAGUCAAGUAGUCAUUUUGAGAUUAAGGCAUAUAGUUAGCAUUAAUAGAUUAAAUUAUCAUGCUAUAGGGAGCUAAAUGUGGUGUAAUAUAUAUGUUCCUCACAACCGGACAUGCAUUGGUGUUUGACAUAUUAUGAUUAAUUAGCGCCGCUGGGAGAAAAAAAUUAUAUUAUAAAGCAUACUAAGCAUAGUAUCAAUCAUUAAAAGUCAUGCAUAUUUCCUUUCCUUUCCGCAUCAAUUCGUAAUAUUGUCUUAGUAAUUAGUUUGUGUAUAUUAGCCGAGCCAAUGAUGAUGAUGAUGAUGAUGAUUUUAUUGAUCCAUCUUUAGUUUAAAAAUACAAUGGAUUUACAACAAUGUCUAUAUUAAAGAAGAAGAGCAUAACUAGGCAUGCAAUAAUAUUUACAAACUAUCGGAAAUUUUUAUAUAUACAAUUUGGAGUAAAAAUUUAAAAGUCUAGGAAAUUAGUAAAAAGUUAAUAAAAACCAAGUUAAGUUUUAAUGCAAUCUCAUUGCGCCUGGGAUAAAACUAUUUCUGUGUCGUUCAGUGCCUGAAAAAGGUGCGUAUUUAAAUAUACCGUCUCUACGCCUAAGAUUAUAGUUAUGUUGAUUAUGUUCCAUAGUUCGUUGAUAAAAGAUAUGACAUUAUAACUUGGAUCACCUAACUAAAGAUAGUAUCGAGUUCUCUUGAUGUGGUUUCAAUUCUUCUCUCUUCGAGAGGUUGGCAGGUAACCAUGUGGGAGGCCAAUAAUUCGCAGACUCCUCCUUUGUACACGUUCCAAUUCGUCCUUUAGAUAUCGUGACCACCCCACACUGGAGAACAAUAUUCAAGGAUAGGUCUGAUUUUAGUUAAAUAAGUGGUGAGACCCACUUCGACUGGUAGGUUCGCUUUUCUACAUUCUCUUAGGCAGUACACGUUUUUAGCUGCUUUGCGAGUGGUCUCCUCGACAUGUUUAUUCCAUUUCAGAUCCUUUUGAAACCAGGUUCCCAAGAGUUUGAAAUUAGCGACUCUUCUAUGAUAGCAUCUCCUAUAUGCAGUUGUAGAGAGAGUAAGAGUGGUAUACGCAGACAAUAGGGCCAUUUAAACGGGACAAAAUAAGUCGCGACUUACACAAGACGCGUCUUAUAUAAGCGGAGUUAUCGCAUAAAUGGUUCUAACUACGGCUUUAGUCUUAUUUACUUGCUAUAGCUAUGUUGUUUCGGUUGUUUUUGUUUUAAUAUGCAAGACAAGUAAUUUUACGUUGUUUCAAGUUUCGGGUAUGUGUAGUUAGAAUUUUUGUCCAAAGUUAUUUCAGACGCGACUUAAAUAAGAACAACUGAAAGACCUGUUCUUAUGUAAGACGCGUCUUAUCCAAGACGCGUCUUACAUAAGAAUUUUGUACCUUUUAUACGACAAACUCGCGUCUUAUUUAAGUCGCGUCUUAUGUAAGUCGCGUCUUAUUUUGUCUCGUUUAAAUGGCCCUAAUGUUGCGUUCCACUAUCAAUUAGGAGACCGACUGUCUACGGAAAAAAAAUUGCAUCGCCUACCUUCAUCAAUCUUUUAACAACGUAGUGACAGCUUGCCAAUGCUACAGUAACUGUACAUUCAUGUCACAACAACUGGGAACAAGACGUGCGAACAAAUCCUGAUAUCUCCUUGACAACAACCUUGUUACAACUUGUUUUCAGAUCUGUAUAACAACUUGCGCUAUUUUACGUGUAUACGAUACAGGCUGAUUUUCCUUUGCUUUUGCUCGUGGAUUGUUAACAAGUUAUUUAUAAAUUUUUUUUUUCUGUGUUGGUGUUGUGUACUCAGGUGAAUAAUAUGUUUGCGAUGUUACUCUGAGUGCAUAUCCACACCGGGCGAGCUUGAAAAAUAUGCCCGGCCACGGUGGGAUUCGAACCUACGACCUUUUGAAUACUAGCCCAAUGCUCUUCCAACUGAGCUACGCGGUCAGCACGGUUCGAGUAAGUGAUAUUUCGGAAUAGUAUCUAGUUCCUUCAAUACCAAUGUGUUCUAGUAAUAUGAAUUUUUUUUUCUGUGUUGGUGUUGUGUACUCAGGUGAAUAAAAUGUUUGCGAUGUUACUCUGAGUGCAUAUCCACACCAGGCGAGCUUGAAAAAUAUGCCCGGCCACGGUGGAUUCGAACCUACGACCUUUGGAAUACUAGCCCAAUGCUCUUCCAACUGAGCUACGCGGUCAGGACGGUUCGAGUAAGUGAUAUUUCAGAACAGUAUCUAGUUCCUUCAAUACCAAUGUGUUCUUGUAAUAUGAAUUUUUUUCUGUGUUGGUGUUGUGUACUCAGGUGAAUAAUAUGUUUGCGAUGUUACUCUGAGUGCAUAUCCACACCGGGCGAGCAUGAAAUAUAUGCCCGGCCACGGUGGGAUUCGAACCUACGACCUUUGGAAUACUAGCCUUAUGGAAUACUAGCCCAAAGUAGAAACACGUGUUUGAGUGUGGGUUUCCAAAUUACCAGAAAUGUUUCUAUAAUUGUAAGGAAGUACAGGAAAAAAAUUGUAUUUCUUUCAUAAUAUAACUGAUUUUAUAUCAAUUGAUUUGUAUAGGUAAUAGCAUAGUUUCGAGUGCAAUUUGGAUAUAACAUGCACGAGUGAGUUUUUCAAAGACCUCAAAAUAGCACGAGUCCGAAGGACGAGUGCUAUUUGAGGUCUUUGAAAAACUCACGAGUGCAUGUUUAUCCAAAUUUCACGAGAAACCAUGCUAUUACUUAUUAAUAAUUUACAUAAAAAUGUUCGAGUCAAUUGUAGUUUUAGUCUAACUUACGCGUUUAUAGCGAACAUUCCACUGGCAAAGUUUUUCUGGCUUUGUUAUAUCACAUUAUACAACGCUAACAGCUUGAAAAUUCCACUCAACUAUGUAAUUUUUGUUUGUCUUGUUUAAGGUGCAUGCUUUUCUAUUUAAAAAUAAAGAUAAAAGCCAUAUUUUCCAUGCGAAGGCAACUUUUACUUUGUGUAGCGCGGCGCUAUGUCUCUUUUGUUUUGAAGCAAUCUGUGACCGUUACUUCUCUAAACUAAAUUGCUUUAAACUGAUUGGUUGGUUUAAACAUCACAAUGUUUUUUUUCACCAAUCAGAUCAGUUUUUUACAGAUUUUUGCACUGUGAUUACAGAAAAUUGCACUGUGAUUACAAAAAAUUGCACUGUGAUUACAGAAAAUUGCACUGUGAUUACAGAAAAUUGCACUGCUGUUUGUUUGAGAGUAACUGCAAUGAAAUCAACCAAUCACAGUCGAGUAAUAUCUUUAUGUAUAUUAUUAACAAAUUAACAUUAAAUUAGCCUAAAAUCCACCGGAUCGUUUUUCUCGUCAAUUUGAUCACGUUUAUUUUCUCGUCAAUUUGAUCACAAAAUAGUAUAGUUGUUCUCUGCUUAAACUGAGAAUUUUCUUUUCCUUCUUGUUGUUCUUUGAUUUAGUUAACAAAAUCAAGUAGCUAUUAUCACUACACCUUUUUCGAUAACAGCUGUCAACUUUUUAACUGAAAGCUGCGACCAAUCAACGGUUGUGUGCUAUAAAUUUUGUUAUAAUUGUAAACAUUUAUUUAUUUUCAAUGAUUUAGAUGUGGAUGAAUGUAUUCAAAAAGAAGCUUUUGGAUGUGAUGAAAACUCUGUAUGUACAAAUACUUUGGGCUCAUUUACAUGUAGCAAGUGUAAAGAUGGAUAUUCACGUGAUGACAAUAAAUGUUCACGUGAGUAUUAAUUGUUUCGUUACGUAACAAAAGUCAACCAAAAUGUUCACGCUUUGUUACCGUCCUUUUUUUCGAAGAAUGUCGACGUCCGACUUUUAUAGACUGUUUUUCUGUCUCCAUUCUCCUCAAAGUACAGUGUCUCACCAUCUAUCAAUUGAGGACAGGCUUACAUGAAGUACGAACAAAAAGGCAGUGCAUUUUUUAUUAUUUUUUCUCAUUUUCGUGUAAUAAAGAUACAAUAUUUGACCUAAAUUUGUCAUACAAAGUUUCCAAUUUCUUAAGAAUGUUUAUAAAAUCUUCACAAAAUUACACAAAAUUUAGAGUAUGGAAAGAAAAGUUCACAAAACUUAUAAACGAUACUAGACUUGCCACAAGUCGACCAUGGGGGAGGGAGGGCGCGGGGGAGGGGCGCGCGACCCGAGCGACGAAGUCGCGAGUGGUCGACUUGUGUCCCUUGCAGGAAUUUAAAUCGCAUUAAAAAUUUUGGCGCUAAUAAUUUUGACAUAUUAAAAGGUGUGUACAUUUCAUACAAUUACUUCACCGCGCCGACAAUGGGUCUACAAAAACAAAAACAUUCUCUAGACUAGAAUUGAUAUUUCUUGGUCGUCGAAUGAAACAGUUCGCACCAAGUGUGGAAACGAAAUGACUGACCCAAGUUAAGUAAGCGCCGAAAGCUGUUCAAUGUAUCAACAAAAACAAGUGCAUGUAAAAACUGUAAAAACUUAUUGAAGCUUCACAGUUGUUUGUCUAUUUAAGCAAUGUGUGCCGUAAUUAUGUCGACAAGAAUAAUCUGACUCAGUUCGCCAGCGAUUUUAUUACCGUAGCUAGUAGAAGUUAAUCUAUAAAUUGAAAAGAAUCAGACAACUGUAUUAAACCAAGAAGCAGAGAGGCGGCGAUUGUGAUCAACUAGAAGACGUCGCUGCUCGCUAGAAUUCAAAUUCCAGUAAAAAUACGCGUUGUUUUCUCAGCAAGUGAUUUGUAAUAAUCAGUAAUCGAGAUCAAGAAACCCAAACUAAACCCGAAACUAGUGUGGAAAUUUUAGAAUCAUCAGAUGCAUCUUCGGUGGCAGUAUUAAAGUUUAUUUCUACACCCUGUACUUUAUACUCAAUCUAAUGUCUGUUUUGUGUAUUUUUACAGGGUUUUUGUGUUCUACAAAAUUGUAAUUACAUUGUUUACUCUGUUUGCUUCAAUAAUACACAUUUUGUUCAACAAAGAGCCUCAGAAUAUAAUAUUAUUGUUAGACUCCUUCGAUAAUGACCUCUGGAUAAUGACCGAUGUAACCGCUUCGGCCUUCAAUGUAAACAAUGACGUCACCGGUGGAUUUUUCCACCGGUGAUAUUUGGCGCGCUGCAAGUGACAAAAGUCCUUUCCACAGAGGAAGUGAAGCGCGCCAUAGAAGGGCCUGGAAAGGACUUUGGAAAGUCUAAAACGAUACUUGCGUGACUGGUUUAUAUAUACGACCGAUUUGUAGCAUGUUUGCCUGAACAAGGUGUAGCAAUGUUUUCACUUUAUCUGGUCGUUUUCACAUUUUUCGCACAUAUGAAUGUUCCUACAAGCGGAUGCCAUGCUGUCUCCUCAUUACUUACUCCUCGGUUUAUGCUCGCACCAUUCGUUCUUAGCUCGUUGAAAAGUUGUUACAAGUCUACAGCACGUCAACAGACUUCCUUUAGAGAGUUGUCCUCAAAGCUGAUAUCAGGUUGUUUGCACUUCUUAGCUUAUUGAAUGUUGUUUUACGCACUACCACAGACUUCAAUCAUUUUUAAAAGCCGUUAGAACCCUUGCGGUUUUAGAUCAUCAAGAAAUAUAUGUAAAUUAGUACAAACAUUCAUAUCUCUGCCCUCCCCAUUCCAUGUUGUUAGCCAGAGCAACCAAACUUUUGUUAACCAAAGUAAGAUGCCAACUGAGACCCAAUAUUGAAAAGGGGGCCGGGGGGAGGGGUGUCGAAAUUUAUCAAAAUAGCACGUAGUUGGGGAAUAUGUCCCAACACAUUUUAAAAUGAUUGUUGCUAAGUCAGGGUCCUCGAAAUAACUUGGCAAUCUCGCCUAGCUGCAUGCUAGCUCGUUUCCCUAUGAGUGAUUAUUCCUCGUUCUCCCCAACUCCCACACGUGUUUCUAUAACUGGAAAGAAACCCAGACAAUUCUUUCUAUUUUUUAAAUAUCGUAACAUGAAGAACGACCGUCGUUUAUCACAAUAUUGUAUUCUUGCAAAAUUUUACCGUUUCACGCUUGCGUUGAAUAUUUUACGAUUCACAUGGAAAUUAUUUGUGGCUUUGAUGUUCCGGGACAACUACUUGUCGCGGGGUAGCUUUCUGUGCUGAGAUCAUGUUAACAGGGUUUUAGUAAUGUAUGUUUCACCCGCUGUAUUUGUACCGCAAGAUUCGUGGAAAAGAGUGUAAACGAAUAAAUUCGUACUGUAUUUGCUCAUAUUUAGGUACAAACAUUCCUGGUAUUGUUCUUGGUGCUUUGUUUGGAGUUUCCUGUUUGGUUAUAUUAAUUCUGGUUUGCUAUAUUUUGAGAAAGAAGAAAAGAUGGAUAUAGAGGAUCUACCGUGCACAUGAACCAGGAAAUGAACAAGGCAUUAAAAAUCCGCGCAUUAAAUGGUUGAUCUUAAAGCCUGUUUUCCACUAGGCGGAAUUUUGCGCGCGGAGCGGAAUUUUUCUUUGUCUUGUGAUUUCUCGGGUGGAACUAAUUAGAAAAGACAAAGAAAAAUUCUGCUCCGCGCGCAAAAUUCACCCUAGUGGAAAACGGCCUUUACCAAAUAUCAAGCGAGAGGGCGUUCGGAGACUGCACCUCCUCCAGCAAUUAAGUCAGAUAUCAUGCAUAAUUAAUACGCAUUUAAUUUACUCUACCAUGCGGCUAAGCAAGAAAAACUUUUGCUAAUUUGUCAUCCACUUUCCAUCCAAAUUUAAGCAAAAUUUUAAUCUAUUUGUCUUUGGGUAUAUAAACAAGAAUUAAUCAAUGAGGGCGAGUUAUCUAUGAGCGAAUAGUUAACGAAGUCGUAGUUCAGACUACUCGCUCUAGACAACUAAGCCGAGUGGUUUAUCUGUUUUAGUAUUUAAUCCCACUCAAGAUACAAACUCCAAGCAGGCGGGAGAUGUCGAUGCAAACAAAAAUACAUUUUAAGGAGGGAGGGAGCCUUAAAAUAUUAUUGCUAUAAACCUAAAUCACAUUUUAGACAAAAAAAUUUAAAAGAUGAGGAAUCCAUAUUAUUAAUAGUCUGCGCACAGACUGUCCCUUUUCCCCCGUGAUGCAGUCUGCAAGCAGACUAUAUUAUUAAGUAAUGCAGGAUUUGUGCUGACCCUGGUUGAGUGUAGCCUAUAAUGUAUAUUAUUCUAGUCACACAGAUGUUCUUACUAAUAUACAAGGGAGCAGUGUUGUAACGAGUCACCUAUAGGUCGAGUCACGAGUCGAGUCAUUUCAGUUUUUGAUCGAGUCGAGUCGAGUCAGUGGCGUCACUCGAGUCGAGUCAGCAGUUUCACUCGAGUCAAGUCGAGUCAUUGGUUUAAGUCUAGUCGAGUCAAUAGCUAGACAUAACGAGUCAGGGAAUUUGAUCAAGUCCACCGACAUCCUUGUCCCCAGGGCCUCUCGGCCGCGCGCCUCCUCCCUAGGCCCUGGAACAUACAGAACCGGAAGUGCAAGUAAACUUGCAGUAGUUUCUAAAGCGCAUGGUCUUGAACUGGGACACUUUAGCACCCGUAACAAUUUUCAAAGUGAAGUAUUACGAAGAAACGAAGUAUGACAUAUGUUGAUAGAAUAAUUUUUCCUAGCUAAAACUGCUCAACUUCUGCGAAAUAGGAUUUCUCUGAGAAGCCAAUCAGAUCUCUCGCUUUAGUCGCCUAACCCAUAGCCUACUUUUCAACGAGUGACCGAGUGAAAAUGGCUCUGGGGACGAGAAUGGUCCACCUCACGCUUUUUGUAAUGGUUCGCUACCCUGGCUUGCAGUUUGAAAUUAGUAAUCAAAUCUACGUUUUAAGCUAAUCACUUUAGUCAUGUAAUAACAGUAUCUGGGCAGCCGUAGGCUGUACCAAUAUCACAGUUCUAGUCAAUAUUAAGUACAACCACAUGAGAUGUCUCAUCAUGCCUGCUGAUCGAGUGUACGUAUAUACAACUAGCAUAACUUGCAACUGGAGUCAGAAUUAACAAAGAAUAGACUUUAAUUAACCAUGCUUUGUAAGUUAAUUUGAAAUUAUAUAGCACUUCAUAAAUACCAAAAAUGAAGAUAGCUAAGCCGGUCAGAAUUAGCAUAAGUACAAAAAAAUUUGAGACUCCAUUUUAAAAACAGUGGCACUAGCGUUGUUUCUAAAAACAGAAAUGUAAUAUAGGAAUGCCCGUCAGGAAUAUACUGUAUUUUAUGCAAAUCCCAUAUAUUUUCUGAUAAAGUUUCGAAGUUCUCAUUAUUCACAGGGCUCAUUCUUCUUCCCAAGCAAUACAAUCACAAUAUUUUUGAUGAAUUUAUUCUCUACAAGUUGUAGCUGAGUUGACUCGAGUCAUUUACGGCAAAAUCAGCAAGUCGAGUCCGAGUCGAGUCAUGCGGGGCUGUUGACUCGAGUCGAGUCAUUUUCCGUUUUGGACUCGAGUCGAGUCGAGUCGCUGAAAAUAGUAACUCGAGUCGACUCGAGUCCGAGUCAAUGACUCGACUCGUUACAACACUGCAAGGGAGCUUAAUGCGUGAUUCGUUGACGUUUUUUUAUAGGUUAACAUGUUUGGUCAAACAUGUUAAAUUAAUCUAUUAAAAAACUAACAUGAAUCGCCACGAUAAUUAAUUAAACCAUUCAGUAUCCCUUCAUUUAUUUAAUAUGAAGUGGAGCUUAAUAUUCAAAAGGGGGAAGGGGAAUUACUAAAUUUUUCUUCCAAAAAGUGGACGUGAGAAGGCUAGGUAACAUAUUUCACUGGGCAGAGCUUAACAGGGAAUUGUUGACUUUAAAACCACGCUAUGCCUUUAUAAUAAAGAUGUAAAUAUACUUCACGAUUAACACUUAUAAAUAAAGGAAACUAUAAAGUUG